AUGGCGGCAGAGGCAGCCGGUGGCAAGUACCGGGGCACAGUCAGCAAAAGCAAAGACCCCUCGGGGCUGCUCAUCUCUGUGAUCAGAACCCUGUCUACCAGUGAUGAUGUUGAAGACAGAGAAAAUGAGAAGGGUCGCCUUGAAGAAGCCUAUGAGAAAUGUGAUCGUGACCUGGAUGAAUUGAUUGUGCAGCACUAUACAGAACUGACGACAGCCAUCCGCACGUACCAGAGCAUCACAGAGCGCAUCACCAACUCCCGAAAUAAAAUAAAGCAGGUCAAAGAAAAUCUGCUUUCAUGCAAGAUGCUGCUGCAUUGCAAACGAGAUGAGCUCCGGAAACUGUGGAUCGAAGGAAUUGAACAUAAGCAUGUCUUGAACCUGCUGGAUGAAAUUGAGAAUAUCAAGCAAGUGCCUCAAAAGCUGGAACAGUGCAUGGCCAGCAAGCACUAUCUCAGUGCCACCGACAUGCUGGUGUCAGCAGUGCAGUCUUUGGAGGGCCCCCUGCUCCAAGUGGAAGGACUGAGUGACCUCAGGCUGGAGCUUCACAGCAAGAAGAUGAAUCUCCACUUGGUUCUCAUAGAUGAGCUGCAUCGGCACCUGUACAUCAAAUCCACCAGCCGAGUUGUGCAGCGUAACAAGGAAAAAGGGAGAAUGAGCGCCCUUGUGAAAGAUGCUUCUAUUCCUCUGAUUGAUGUUACAAACCUUCCUACACCUCGAAAAUUUCUUGAUACGUCUCAGUAUUCGACACCUGGAAGCUCCAGUGUGAGAGAGAUAAACCUACAGGACAUCAAGGAGGACUUGGACUUGGAUCCAGAGGAAAACAGCACCCUUUUUAUGGGCAUCCUCAUCAAGGGGCUUGCCAAACUGAAGAAGAUCCCGGAAACCGUUAAGGCCAUCAAGGAGCGCUUGGAGCAGGAGCUCCAACAGAUUGUGAAGAGGUCUACCACCCAGGUGGCGGACAGCAGCUAUCAGAGAGGAGAGAACCUCACUGCGGACAACCAGCCAAGGUUACUUUUGGAGCUGCUGGAGUUGCUGUUUGACAAGUUCAAUGCUAUAGCCACUGCGCACUCUGUGGUCUUGGGAUACCUGCAGGACACCGUCGUGGCCCCACUGCCUCAGCAGGAAGAUGUCAAACUGUACGACAUGGCAGACGUGUGGGUGAAGAUCCAGGAUGUCCUCCAGAUGCUGUUGACUGAGUACUUGGACAUGAAAAAUACUCGUACGGCCUCUGAACCAUCAGCUCAAUUGAGUUACGCCAGCACUGGACGAGAGUUCGCAGCCUUUUUUGCCAAGAAGAAACCUCAAAGGCCGAAAAAUUCUCUUUUUAAGUUUGAAUCGUCCUCCCAUGCCAUUAGCAUGAGUGCUUACCUGCGAGAGCAGAGACGGGAGCUCUACAGUCGGAGCGGAGAACUCCAAGGGGGUCCUGAUGACAAUUUAAUAGAAGGUGGAGGAACAAAAUUUGUCUGCAAACCUGGAGCCAGAAAUAUUACCGUCAUAUUCCAUCCGCUGCUAAGGUUUAUUCAGGAAAUUGAGCAUGCCUUGGGACUUGGGCCAGCCAAACAGUGUCCUCUUCGAGACUUUCUCACUGUGUACAUCAAAAACAUCUUUCUCAACCAAGUCUUGGCUGAGAUCAACAAGGAGAUUGAAGGAGUCACGAAAACAUCUGACCCCUUGAAGAUCCUGGCCAACGCGGACACCAUGAAGGUGCUGGGGGUGCAGCGCCCUCUGCUGCAGAGCACAAUCAUUGUGGAGAAGACGGUGCAAGACCUCCUGAAUCUGAUGCAUGACUUGAGCGCGUACUCAGAUCAGUUCCUCAACAUGGUGUGUGUGAAACUGCAGGAGUACAAGGACACCUGCACAGCGGCCUACAGGGGCAUCGUCCAGUCGGAAGAAAAACUUGUCAUCAGUGCAUCUUGGGCCAAAGAUGAUGACAUCAGCAGACUCCUGAAAUCGCUACCAAACUGGAUGAACAUGGCUCAGCCCAAACAGCUGAGGCCAAAGAGAGAAGAUGAAGAAGAUUUCAUAAGGGCAGCCUUUGGCAAGGAGUCGGAAGUUCUUAUUGGGAACCUGGGUGAUAAAUUAAUCCCUCCACAAGACAUCCUGCGUGACGUGAGUGACCUCAAAGCCUUGGCCAACAUGCACGAGAGCCUGGAAUGGUUAGCAGGCCGAACAAAGUCAGCCUUCUCCAAUCUUUCCACAUCCCAGAUGCUUUCUCCUGCUCAAGAUGGUCAUACGAACAUGGAUCCGCCCCCGGUGUCGGAGCAGAUCAUGCAGACCCUGAGUGAGCUAGCCAGAUCUUUCCAGGACAUGGCCGACCGCUGCCUGCUGGUGCUGCAUCUGGAAGUCAGGGUUCACUGUUUCCAUUAUCUCAUCCCUCUUGCAAAGGAGGGGAACUAUGCCAUCGUUGCCAACGUGGAAAGUAUGGAUUAUGACCCUCUGGUAGUCAAGCUCAACAAAGACAUCAGUGCCAUCGAAGAGGCCAUGGGUGCGAGUCUGCAGCAGCAUAAGUUCCAGUACAUCUUUGAAGGCCUAGGACACCUGAUCUCCUGCAUCCUCAUUAAUGGUGCCCAAUACUUCCGGCGCAUCAGUGAGUCUGGCAUCAAGAAAAUGUGCAGGAACAUUUUUGUUCUUCAGCAGAAUUUGACCAACAUCACCAUGUCACGGGAGGCAGACCUGGACUUCGCAAGGCAGUACUACGAGAUGCUAUACAACAUGGCUGAUGAGCUCCUGAACCUGGUGGUGGACCAGGGCGUGAAGUACACGGAGCUGGAGUACAUCCAUGCCCUGACCUUGCUGCACCGCAGCCAGACAGGCGUUGGAGACCAGACCACCCAGAACACGAGGCUGCAGCGGCUCAAGGAGAUCAUCUGCGAGCAGGCCGCCAUCAAGCAGGCCACCAAGGAUAAGAAGAUAACCACGGUGUAG